CACCCGCUUCGGCGACGCCGCCUUCCCGCCCUCCACGGCCAACUGCACCGUCCGGUGGCUGCCCUACGGGAGUGACGAUGACGACGACCCGGUCACGUCGGGCCAGACAUAUGACUGUUGUGACGAGGACCCGGAUACCAUGGCGGGGAAGUGGACUUUUCAGGUUCUGAGUGCGACGACUGCGACUGGUACUGGUACUGGUAGUGGGGAUAAUAAUAGUAGUAGUAGUAAUAAGGGAGGGUCCACGUCCACAACGGAUUUUAGGUUGCGGGUGAUGCUCUCCGAGGCGGUGGUCUUGGGAACGGGCGGGGUCGUGAAUCUCAGGUUUGAGGGCGAGGCUGCGUUUCGGUUGGGCAGGGAGGACGGGAAUAUGGAGGGGGCCUGUGGCGGGAGUGGGGUGUGUAAUUGGGCUUUGAAGGAGGAGGAUACGCCUGUGGUGGUUAGGCAGAGGUUGGUGGCGGUGGAGUGCGUUGCCGGGAGGUGUGAGGAGGAUGAGUGAUCGGGGCCUCAUUAAAGAGGAGGAAGAAGAAGAAGAGGAAGAAGAAGAGGAAGAAGAAGAAGAAGAAGAGAGCUGUGACUUGAUGUCGACCC